AUGGCCUCAGGUGUUGACCCAGACCGCAGGCCUCUUCAUGGCCCUCAGUGGCAACAGGACCCAUGGUGUCAACUCGGAGACCUCCACAGCAGGGCCAUGAACCCAGACAUGGCCACCCUGCAGCAGUCUGCAUUAUACAUCACCAUGGUCCAAGAUGGUGGCAUAGGAGUCCUGGAUCAGCAUGGCCUCAGUUGGAUACAUCCCUUAGACAUCAUCUUGGACAAGGUGGCUAUGAGUGAGGUUCCAGUACAUGUAAGAAUCGCUCUCCUGCAGGUAUGGUUGAGGGUGUUGCUCUUUCCUUCUAUAUGGCCCCUGACCUGGUGUGCUGAAUUCAAAAGCCUUCCAGAAGUAGUGAUACCCUUGAGGGUAACCGUCUCUAGUAGAAACAUGAGUCUUGCAGGCUGGAAGUCCUAUAGCCUACACUUCGGAGGCCAGAGACACAUUAUCUCCAUGAAGCCCCAAAGCUUUCUAGUAUCCAGCCAUCUCUCUGUGUUCACCUACAGUGAUCAAGGAGACCUCAUUGAGGAUCGGCCUUUUGUCCAAAAAGACUGCUAUUACUUUGGUUUUGUGGAAGGAAACCCAGAAUCCAUGGUUGCUCUUAUCACCUGUUUGGGGGGUUUACAAGGAACAUUACAGAUAAACGACACAGCUUAUGAAAUUAGACCCAAGAGCCCUUCUUCCACAUUUGAACAUCUAGUUUAUAAGAUAGACAGUGAAAAAACUCAAUUAUGUUCCAUGAGAUGUGCAUUAACAGAUGAAGAAACAGCAGAGCAAGUGACACCUCAAGAGGAUGAUGACUCCUCCAAAACACGAGUUGUCUAUGGGACAUGGUGGACUCACAGAUUGUAUAUUGAACUGGCAUUGGUUAUAGACCAUGAACAAUUCCUUUAUCGAGGCCGUAAUACUUCUCUUGUGCUACGAGAUGUAUUCAUGAUUAUGAAUGGACUAAAUUACUUCUUAUUUCCAGUGGAUAUUAAUGUGGCUUUACUUGGACUUGUAAUCUGGAGUAAGGAAAACCCCAUACCAGUGAAAGAUAUAUAUACUCUCUUGCCAGCAUUUUGUAAGUGGAAGAGUGAACACCUUGAUUCUUACCUACGACAUGAUAUUGCACAUCUCUUUGUGAAUUAUAAUUUUAGUAACUAUUUUGGCAUAGCCUAUGUUGGAACUAUAUGUAAUAAGACAUUUGGGUGUGGAGUUGAGAGUCCCUUGGGGGAAAAUUUCUUUACCUUUGGGUGUAUCGUGGCACAUGGGAUAGGUCAUAAUUUGGGCAUGCCCCAUGAUGGGAUAUUUUGUACAUGUGGAGGAGGACCAUGUGUGAUGUCUCCUACAACAAGAUGUUCCAGAAAAUUCAGUAACUGUAGUUAUGCUGCAUUGUGGGAAAACACAGCCAAAGCAAGCUGUAUGUACAAUAAACUCAACCUUUCGGAUACCUAUCCGUUUAAGUUCUGUGGGAACGGGGUGGUUGAUGAAGGUGAGGAGUGUGACUGUGGACCCCCCGAAUUAUGUGACUAUAGUCUCUGUUGUCUGCCUGGCUGUACUCUCAAGCCUGGAGCUAGCUGUGAUACCGGGCUGUGCUGCAGCAACAUAUGACAAUUCCUGCCGUCUGGCACUCUGUGUAGAAUUAAGGAGAGCGAAUGUGACCUCCCAGAAUGGUGCAAUAGAACUUCACCUGAGUGCCCAGAAGAUGUGUUUUUACAGGAUGGAAGCUCUUGCAGUGAUGGUGGCUACUGCUAUGAAAAAAGAUGUAACAGCCAUGAUGAACAGUGCCGGAGACUUUUUGGCAAGGAUGCCAGGAAAGCAUCUGACAGUUGCUACCAGGAAGUCAAUACUUAUGGUGAUCGUUUUGGUAACUGUGGAAUAAUAAACAAUGUAUAUGUGAAAUGUAAUAACUCAGAUAUCCUCUGUGGAAGAGUUCAGUGUAAAGAAGUGAAAAGUCUUCCUAUUUGGAGGAGCCAUUAUACUGUACAUUGGACUCAUUUCAAGGGUGUCUCCUGCUGGAGUACUGACUACCAUUUUGGGAUGAGCAUCCCUGACCUUGGUGACGUAAAAGAUGGCACACACUGUGGUCCAGAGCAUGUGUGCAUGAACAGAAAGUGUGUCAAUAAGUCAAUCUGGGCAAGUGAGUGUACACCAAAGACCUGCAACAAGAAUGGCGUCUGCAAUAACAAACAUCAUUGCCAUUGCAAUGAUGGCUGGAGUCCACCAUAUUGCCUGCUAAAGGGCACUGGAGGGAGUAUUGACAGCAGUCCAUCUUCUGAAAGCAAAAAUAAGGAGAAGGAUAAAGAGAAGGAGAAGGACAAGGACAAGGAGAUGAAGAGGAAGUCACAGGAUAAUAGCUUCAUAAUGUCCCGGUGGGAGAAAUGCUAUGGUGUGCAUUAUAAACUACUGAUAAAAGAUUCCAGCAAUCUAUGA